CAUUUUCAUUCUCUCAUUCUUUCCUCUCUCUGUUUCUUCUUCAGUAUCUCUCACCUAAGUUUAAUUUCUUCUUCAAAGAUUCUUUUGUCCAUGGAGAUUUUGAGAUCUACAUUGUCAUAAUUAUAGUGAAGAUCUACACCACAAUACAUAUUUUUUGCCUAAUUUUGAAGAGAUUGAGAUCAACAUACAUCUUCAACAUACGAAUAUGGAGUUUGUGAAGAAAUUGGAGCAAUGGGUUUUGCAAUCUUUCAAUCCUUUUACAUAAUUGAUACCACGACUUGUCUGACAGAUUGACUUACGUGGUUGGCUAAUCCACAUGCAAAGACUUCGACAAUAUUUACAAGGGUGUUGUUAUUUGCACCCCCUUUGACUAAAAUAAGGGAAUACAGAUUGGACUCAAAUGACUCUAUAUAUAUGUGGGGUUGUGUGAUGUAUAUGUCUCAUACAAUCUAUAAGCUAUUGACGGUUGGAUUGAAGAUUUUUUUAGCUACAAUGAUCAAAAUCAAAGAUAAUUUCUUAGUUACAAUGAUCAAAAUCAACAACAUUAUGAGGACGAAAAUGCAAUCGAACUUUAUGAUGACAAUAGAAAUAAAGAUGAAGAUAAAGUGAACCUAAAUCUCGAGGUUGCAUGCGAAUGGUGAAACGGGAAUAAUGAUGGGUUCAUUGACGCGUUUGUGCGUCGUCUUGGCCAUCGCUUUGCGCUGAAAGAAUUGGGUUCGCUUCAUCACUUCUUGGGUGUUGAGGUGGUUCCUUCUGCUGGUGGCUUGUUUCUUUCGCAAUCCCAGUAUGUAGCUGAUACUCUAGAUCAAUUUGGUAUGACGGGGGUGAAAGAAGUAGCAACACCGAUGAACAUGACUUUGGACUUGCAUGCUGCAACCUCUCUUGCGUUUGAUGCUACUAUUUAUCGGCAGGCGAUUGGUCGGUUACAGUACUUGGCUAUCACCAGGCCAGAAAUUUCGUUCGCUGUUAAUCAUUUGGCUCAGUAUAUGGCUGCACCUACUGAGCUACAAUGGCAGUCUGUGAAGCGCGUUCUCCGCUACUUAAAGGGGACCCUACAUUAUGGUUUGCACUUUCGUGGGGGUCAUUCGUUGUCCCUGGUGGCCUACUCUGAUUCAGAUUGGGGAGGCGCUCGAGAUGGGGGUCGCUCAACCACGGCCUAUGUUGUUUAUUUUGGGCCGAAUGUUGUAUCCUGGAGGUCUGUGAAGCAACGUUGUGUGUCUCGGUCUUCCACGGAGGUCGAGUUUCGUGCUCUUGCUAAUGCCGCUGCUGAGGUUAUGUGGAUUCAGAAUUUAUUGCGUGAACUUGGGAUCCGGUUGCCAUCUUCCCCGGCCUUGGUCACUGAUAAUAUGAGUGCUACUUAUGUCUGCAAGAAUCCCGUCUUUCACUCACGGAUGAAGCAUUUGGCGCUGGAUUACUUUUUUGUUCGUGAGCAGGUUGUGUCUGGCUCGCUGCGAGUGCGUUAUGUGCGGUCGUCAGAACAAGUGGCUGAUCUAUUAACGAAGCCGCUUGGUCGACACUUAUUUUCUGUUUUCAGGUCCAAGAUUGGUCUCACCGAUGGUGCGCCCAUCUUGCGGGGGCGUGUUGAGGCUUAGACUGAGUAUGAGUUUGUUAGUCUGUUACCUAGUCUUUUGGUCUUGGGUGUUGGUUCCUUCUUCUGUGGGUUCACUCCCUAUUUAUUCUUU